AUGAAUAUUCCUCUGGAUGACAACCUUGCCGCUGGUGCUGUUCAUGAAGCUGUUCCAGAACCACCAAAGCCUACAUGCACGGACGUAUUUCGAAUUGCUCGCGCUGAGCCCUGGGCUGUCAACACGGGCAACUGGUGCCUAUUCUCAUCCGAACCAAAGCUAUGCUUCCAAAUAAACCAAGGUUCCCCCUGGAGUGAAGGCUCUAUGUUUCCGAUAUACAACAUCUGGAGCCCUGCAUACUUCGGAAUUACGCUAUCACAGUCAGACUCGAAGUUUUAUAAGCUGAGCUGCAACGACCUCAUUGUCACGAGGUACGAAGAUGAUACAGCGUCCCUAAAGGCCAGAUACACUGGAUCGGUUCCCUUCGAAACGCAGAACGUGGUCGGCGGUAUCGACGUCGACGACCCCUGGUUCUUUUGCUGCAAGUGCUGCUUCCGGUACCGAGGAUGGGUGAACUUGAGUAACGGCGAACGCUGGCGAUUCGACGAGAACAACGGGUUUGGCGAGUCGUAUUACCAGUUCCAGCGCGUGCAUGAGCGUACGCAUGCUCGGGAAUUCCCAAAAGUGUUCCACAAGACGCUCCUAUGGGAGUUUCGUAGCGACUGGCAGUCGGGAUUUGGAGAGGCCCCGACGGACUUGCCAUUCACUAUGGACCGGGACACGCGCCUCUGCCGGGCUGCCUUGGGACAAAGCCAACGCUACUGGAACCCUUCUAAGCUUGUAGCCCCCGUCAUUGCUAUCAUGAAUGGAGAAAGCCUUGUCUUUCUUGACACAUUGAAGAGGGUCAAUGAGAUUGAGACUGCUAAUCUUCGGGAACUGGUUCUGAUGACGGGUCUUGCGAUUGCGAAAUUUGAACGCCGCGAGUUGGAAAAGUGA